AUGCUAUCACAGCAAUUUGGUGUGAUGCACUGGUAUCUCCCACGAACGUUGAUUGGCGCUGUUCUUGUGUACUGCUGGAUUGCAUCCGAUGGUCAAGGCAGCUAUGUGGCGAUUAUUGUGUUGUACGGAUUCUUCACCAGUAAUGUUCUCUCUUCCAUGCCGAAGAUUGUGUCGGAUCUUACAGACAACCCAGCUGAUGUGAGUGUGUUCUGCUUGGACCCCCUGUCGCUGGCGCUCUUCUGGUCGUUGAGCCACCGAACUUUCUGCAUGCGCAAAUCUUUAUGGGAUCGGUCAUGA